AGAAAAUGGUUGAAUUUGUGGGAGAAUACGAGGAAGUGAAGGGGAUGGUCUUCAUUCAGACGAGAGCCACAGCGUUCGCCCUGGCACAGUAUCUGAGUCAGGAACUGGCAUCAUUUGGGAUACGAGCAGCUCCGUUCACUGGGACCAACUCAUCGGAAACCAGUAAAGGAAUGCCGGAUGCACAGAAAAAUGAAACCCUGGACAACUUCCGUAAAGGCGAUGUGAACGUAUUGGUAGCGACCUCAGUUGGCAGUGAGGGAAUUGAUGUUCCUGACUGUAACUUCAUCAUCACCUACAACUACACCGGAAACGAGGCGAGCGUUAUCCAGAUGAGCGGUCGAGCGCGCAGACAUGGUUCCACUAUAGCUCACAUAUCUGACCAGACUAUCCAGAGACGAGAGGAAGUCAGUCUUCAGAAGGCUAGACUAAUGGACGAAGCUUUCCGACGACUGUACAUGAUGCACCCAGAUGACCGUAUGGGUAAAAUCCUCAAAUACCAAUCUGAGAUACGAAACGUUGACGAUUUGCGUUCGGUGGACGAAACGAGCAAAGCCAAGAAACCUUUCCAGUUAAUAUGCUUUAAAUGCCACGCCGAGGCCGUCAGCAACACUGACUUGAGGUUAUAGGUCGGACAGCAUCGUGUUGUGACGAAUCCCGACUUCCGGUCUCGUUGUGAGUUUGACACCAACUCGACGCCAUCUAGGUACACUAUAUCUAUCAUCAGGUGCGCGAAAUGCAAGCUGACGUGGGGAACAACCUUCAAAAUCGAGAAACUGGAGAUCGCUGUCCUGAAAGUGACCGCCUUCUUGUUUACAACGGGUGGCGAGGAGCCUCAUCGAUUCAAGAAAUGGGGAAAAGUCAGCCUCCAUAUUGAAAGCAUCGACAAACAAGAACUUCUGGAUAUAUACAAAGACACUCUGGAAUUAGAAGAACCGGACGACUGAAGAAACGAAAAAAAAUAAGACCAUCUGAGACGAAUAUUGUGAUGCAUUCUAUCU